UGGCACUAAUAACACCUCAUACCAGGCUGCUUUGUUGUCAAUACGGCACCGCAGUGCACGUACAACCAGAAGGUUAUGAGGAGGUUAUUCCUGCUCUGCAGCAGGAUUCAUUCACACUUAAAAAGGCACAAACAGCGAAGCAGUCGGGCUGAGAGCACGAAAGGGAACCGGUCGUUUUGCAGCCUGAAGCUUUUGCACGGCUCUUUUGUUUUAUCCAAUUGUGCUGCAUCGAGGACAGACACACGGAACCACGGCGAUACGAGGAUCCAUGAGAGCCGCUUUGGAUAGGAUACCGCUUCAGUAUCACGGUUGUGUAGGGGUUCAGCCAUGGAUGCUGGGAGGUUAGAGCAGCAGGUGGCCAGUGUGGAGAGGGGCAUCGCCUUCCUAAAGCAGGAGCACCUGGCCAUGCUGGCCGGUCUGCAGCUGGAGAUCACACACCUGAAGAGGCGCUGUCACGAAAUAAGCUGCGAGCUAGACUCCAGGUUUCCCGACAGAAACACAGCAGAGGAGGAAGCAGAGCUAGCGGUGCGUUGCGAGGCUGCAGAGCGCCUCCUAGAGGACCAGCAAUGCAUGAUGGUUGCCGCACGUGGGGAGCUGCGGGCCGGCCGGGCCCGCGCAUCGUCGCUUGGAAGAAGCCUCAGGGACGAAGAGCGGCGUUUCCUGGAGGAGCUGAAACGUCGCAGCCACAAGAUCACGCUGCUUAGCCGUGAGCUGCAGCGACAGAACGUCACCACGACGACCCUCUGCCACAAGCUCCACAGCGCUCGAUUAAAACUCUUCCAGCAGCGGCAGAGCACGGACCCUGCCGCAGAGGGGGAGGAGGAAGCCAGAGGAAAGGAAGAGGAGGAAGAAGAAGAAGAAGAAGAAGAAGAUGAGGACGAUGAAGAUGAAGAUGGUGAAGGGGAAGGUUCAGACUGGCUCCUGUCUCCACCUCCUCCAGCUCCACCCAGCCAAUCAGAGGCCAGACACAAGAGGCGUGUCAGCGCCAGGGAGGAAAAAGUCAGAGCUUGUGUCCCGCAGGAGAGAGUGACCUCGCCUCAAAGACCACACCCGAUGCCAGACCCCGCCCUCUUCUUGAUGCCGCUUAGGUACCGCCUCCUUCGCUUGAACCGACCAAUCAGAACGCAGGAUGGAGAGGGGCUGGAGGACGAGUGGGAGGACAUAGAGGACAGCAGGGUGCACAGGAGGGUGGACAUGGGAGCAGGGGAGGGAGAAACUGCCCUGUGAUGAGUUCGUCUUCCAGCAGACCUCGUUGAUGAGAUGAGAGAGAUGUAACCUUGUGAUUGUGGUUGUAGAUUUCAGGAAGUGAGUUAGAUAUUUAGAGUUAGCUGCACAAGAGCGUGUGAUCCAGUCUACACAUAAACGUAUUAACUGAGUUCGUCACAUUGGUGGGACAGCAAGAGACGAGGGGGGGGGUGUUCAAACGAGACUGACCAGCGGUUCAUGUGGAUGCCUUUUGAUUUUAACACUGCUGUUCACAGCUUUUGCCUAAAACUAGUAGCCUUGCCUCUGGGUCUAUAAACACUGACACCGUACGGCUCAAAGAGGCUGUCUACUUUUUCACUGCACUUAUUCCAGGUUCAGAGAGAGUCACUCGUGAGGCUUAGGGACAUUUUGUAUGAUUUGCACUUUAUUAAAUUCAUGCAAUGUGCCUAGUAACGGCAAAACUGCAUUUCUGUUGUCAAGUUGUGUGCUUUCUUUCUUUGACUUUAGGGGUUAGCAACAACAUGAGUGAUGGACGUGACAGUGUGACGAGAAGGCGACAAACGCACCACGAUACCAGGAUCCUCAAACUUUGCUAUUUAUACGCAUUCAUUUCCAACAGUGACAUGUCAAAUGUCUACUGUUUGCACGUGGUUGUCAUGAUUUUGAACUUAAAUUCUAAUUAUUUGUCAAGCACUAGCAGCGCUCCAGCUGUUCAUCUAUUAGUCCAAUUAGCCGAAUAACUGGUUCUACGGGACCUGCUGCUUUUUUCUCAUUUCUUUUACUUGAAUGGUUCAAUAUGUGUUGAAGCUUUAACAAACCUUUUCACUAUGUUCUGGAAAUGAAUGAUCAAACGUUCAAAUCAAGAAUUAUGCAAAUUCAUGUGCAGUAUUCGUCGCCCACUCUCAAGAGGAUAUUAAUGCAACAGUAUUUUCAUUAUGCCAUCAUGUACACCAGCAUCCUGUCCUGUGUGCACACACAGUGAGUUACGUACAUGAAUAAAAUCACUGCUUACAGCUGCAGUGUGAUAUGUUGCAUGCAGACUAGACAUCAUAGUUAGACAACAACAACAAAAACAACAAGUGAGCUAUGAGUGGUGUGUCCUGGGUUCAAGUGUAACUAACAGGACAAUGAAGCCCAUGUGCCACCCAAAGAUACCUGUACUGUAGCUACCUGCAAGGCCAGUGGGAGUACAGAGGGACGUAGCAAAUACUAUUUAUAAAUUAUAAUAUAUUCCAACAUGGUGGCAUUUAAAGUUACUGAUAAGCAUAUCAGUCAUUACAAGAUGGAGCAGAGCUGCAAAUGUUUAUGUAGUUGUGUCCUAUUCAUGUGUGAUGUUUGAGUGAAAAGUUAUUUUGUUUGUUCGUUUUCUGGGACUGUAAAGAAAAUGACCCCCUGUGGGAUGAAUAAAGUAAAAAGUAAAAAGUA